UAUGGAACAUUUUCCGCCAAGAUCAAGGGAAAGUGAAUCCGCGCAGCGGGGGAUGCCCCGCACGCCGCUGCCAUCGGGGGCCGCGGAGCCGCGCCCGGCCUGAGCGCCCCGCGCAGCCGCCGCGCUGCCCUGCGGAUGCCCUUCAUGCCGCAGCCGCCCGGAGCCGAAGCCCGGAGCCCCCCGCUGCGCCUCCUGCCCCCCGGCCGGCCGUGAAAUGCUCCAGGAGAAAAGCCUGUCUGAAACCGAGGAAGGGUUUCCAACAGCCCCCGCGCCCGGCCAUGCGGACUCCUCCGCCGGUUCCCCCGUCCUCGGCGUAGCCGGGGGGAGCAGCACGCCGCUCAGCAGCCCGCAGCUCCCCGACCCCGAGCAGACAAUAGAAAAUAUCAAAGUCUAUCUCCAUGAGAAGGAGCUAUGGAAGAAAUUCCAUGAAGCUGGCACGGAAAUGAUCAUAACCAAAGCAGGCAGGAGGAUGUUUCCUAGUUACAAGGUUAAAGUGACUGGAAUGAACCCAAAGACCAAGUACAUCCUGUUGAUCGACAUCGUUCCAGCUGAUGACCACCGGUAUAAAUUCUGUGACAAUAAAUGGAUGGUGGCUGGGAAGGCAGAGCCGGCCAUGCCGGGGAGACUCUACGUGCACCCCGACUCACCGGCCACCGGAGCACACUGGAUGCGGCAACUGGUGUCCUUUCAGAAGCUAAAACUCACCAACAACCACCUGGAUCCCUUUGGACAUAUCAUUCUUAACUCAAUGCACAAAUACCAACCGCGGCUGCAUAUCGUGAAGGCGGAUGAGAACAACGCUUUCGGCUCGAAGAACACAGCCUUCUGCACCCAUGUUUUUCCAGAGACCUCCUUUAUCUCGGUGACUUCCUACCAGAAUCACAAGAUAACCCAGCUGAAAAUUGAAAACAACCCCUUUGCCAAGGGAUUCCGGGGCAGCGACGACAGCGACCUGCGCGUGGCACGGCUGCAGAGCAAAGAAUAUCCAGUGAUUUCCAAAAGCAUCAUGAGGCAGAGGUUGGUGUCCAGUCAUGGUCAGCUUUCAACAAAGCCAGAUGUCAAUCCACUUCAUGGGAAUCACCAGACCCUCCAACAUUAUCAGUAUGAGAACGGUGCUCACAUGCAAUUUGCAGCUUCAGAUACUCAAGAUCUGCCACUCAACACCUUCACAGCACAGAGGGAUUCAGGGCUCUUCUAUCACUGCCUAAAGAGAAGAGAAAGUGCUCGGCACCUGGACCUGCCCUGCAAACGCUCCUACCUGGAAGCCUCCUCUUCUGUGGGAGAUGAUCACUAUUUCCGUUCCCCGCCUCCGUAUGAUCAGCAGAUGCUGAGCCCUUCCUACUGCAGCGAGGUGACCCCGAGGGAAGCGUGCAUGUACUCUGGCUCGGGGGCUGAAAUCGCUGGGGUCUCCACAGUUGAUGAUUUGCCACCUCCACCUCCUCCCUUGAGCUGCAAUAUGUGGACUUCUGUCGCACCUUACACCAGCUACAGUGUUCAGACAAUGGAAACUGUCCCUUACCAGCCUUUCCCUGCUCAUUUCACUGCCACCACCAUGAUGCCACGGCUCCCGUCCAUCACGGGUCAAGGCUCACAGCCACCAGGUACCAGCCACUUCAGUGUCUACAAUCAGCUGUCCCAGUCUCAGGUUCGGGAGCGCGUUCCUUCUUCGUCUUUCCCAAGGGAAAGGAUGCACCCAUCUGUGUGUGAGAGAAAACCCCCCUCUCCACACCUAAACACAGCGAAUGAAUUCCUGUACUCACAAAGCUUUUCCUUGUCGAGGGAGUCGUCGCUGCAGUAUCAUUCAGGGAUGGGGACUGUGGAGAACUGGACUGACGGAUGACUCUGACGGCCAAGCGAUGCCACAGCCAACGUUACUGCUCCAGGACAGUGUUCAAUCAGUGUUGAUACCUGUGGGUAACUUGCACUUCGGUGAGACAAACGUGCAUUUCCAGAGGGAUUUGUGUGGGUGAAGAGCUUGUAUCUUCAGACACGCAGAGAAUUCCAUCUCCUGCCUCGGUGGGCUGCAUUCAUCAGCCUCUUACUGACUCCUGAAUAAAUUAAUUCUCACAUCUCCAUUACUGAUCCCAUAAAAACCAUCUUCAUGACUAACAAGUAAAGCAGCUGGUCAUUUUCUCUUGCUUGUAAUAUUAAACCUACAUGAGCAGAUUUUGGCUAUUUGGGGGGGGGGGAGGGGGAAAGAGCUUCACUUUUAUGGUACCGGGUUCAUGAAGUCAAAGCAUCCCAAAUCUCAAAGGCAAAAAGUGAUCCGUUGGGUAAUGUAGUUCAAGGACUGCUGUAGCAGCACUUGUUUAGCUCUUUGGGGUUUUUUUGUCUGUAGAAAUUCCUUCCUCCUCUGGAAGUGACGGAGCCGUGGGGGCCGGCGGGGCGGCUCAGCCGUGGGCUCAGGGAGCUGCGGUGCUGCUCCGGUACUUCCCCGGCACAGCGCAGGGUUCGUGUCAUGGUGCAGAGAGGAGAAGGCACCGAUGCACAAAUGUCUCUUCUUCCCCCCACACCACCAUCCUUCGUGGCUGUGGGAAAUUUAAGUGAAGCGUUAACACUCGAGGCCAAACAGCAAAUUAAUUGCAGCAUUAGGAACAGACCCAGUGUCCUCAGACUCCCACCCGUUGACUGAAUCACACUUGCUUAUUGCAAUAUAUUUAUGAAAUUUAAGCUUAAAAGUUGCUAAUACUUUCCAGAAAUGAUUUCUGUAUUUGCUGGUCCUUGAUUUCUUUCGUAUUCAGCUGAAAUGUGCCUUUUGUGCUAUGUUGUUUUGUUUUCUUUUGCAGCUAUCUCAGACAGAAUUGUUUUGAGCAUAAAGGAGGCAGAGAGGUAUAUUUUCUGAAUUGUGGGGUGGGGUGGGAAGAGUUCCCAUUACCUGUCAGGCUUCACAGUGUACAAAUAUUUGUAGAACAGGUAAAAAUCUAUAACCAGUGUAUACAUUGCUACUGUUGUUUACUGUGGAAGUAUCUUGGACUGAUUUAGUGCCAGCUUUGCCUCCCAGAGGGUCCCUACAAAGUAAGGAGGGAUCACUCGGUGCCAGCUCAAAACUGCCUUGAGUGGGGAAGCAAGCUGUGCUCUUUCUGGAACAAAACUCCCAUUGCCUUCACUUGUAAAGCUCCUGAGUUGGGAUGAUCAGGAGCUCAGAUCCUCCUGUCUGCAGCCUGUCCAUCCUGCCCAGCUCCUGGGUGACACUGCCCCGAGGGAUGGCAACGCAGAGGUGAUGCUGGGAGUUUGGGUCCACUAAAGAGUGCAGCAAUGAAGCUCUAAUCAGGCACAGCAGGGUUUUCCUCCUUGCUCAUUGCUUCCCAAAUGGGCAAAAGCUGGAAUACAAACGUGGAAGCUGGGAGGUACUUCUAGGUUUGGAUGAAUCCAUCCCAAUGAAAGGGCUGGUGGAUGAGGGCAACAGUACGCAGUGGGACAGCCCUGCAGCCACUCAAGGGAAGGUCACAUUUCAACCAGGACGAGCUCAGACACCCAUUCAGCAGACUCUAGGUGUGACUGGUGUGGAUUUUGUAAUCAGAUUUUUGGCAAUCACUACAAUUUUUGCAUGCUGAAUAGCUAUUUAUAUACAUAUAUAUUUUAUAUAUAUAUAUAUAUAUAAAAAAUAUAUAUAUAUCACAAAUGCAGGCCACGUGUCCAGUUCAGCUUUGCUUUUUACAAAUGAAAUACUUAAUAAAAAUGAAUGUUGCAAGGGGGUUUUUUUUUUGUUUUUUGGAAAGACAUCUAUUUAAGAUUUUUUUUUUUUUUUUAAUUACACACCUUUGAUGUAAAAACUAAGAAUUGGUUAGAUAAAAAAACAUAUAUACUACAGAUAAAUCUUUAUUAGAAACCACAUUAGCUACAGGUGGUAUGGAAUUUUUUAAAUGUUUGUUAAAUAGCAUGGACAUUUUAUUUUACUUAUCAGAACAUAAAGUCAUUUUACUACUAUAAGCUGUCUCUGGGUGCAUUUCAAUGAGUAUAAAAGUGUUCUGUGGUGAAUUACUGGAUGCCUCAUCUGUCUUCUGUCUCCUAUACCAGUCUCACACUUUCCUGGGGUGCACUUGACUCUUUUUAUACCAUCUUACAGAUACACCAUCAGACUUCAACCACUCACAGCACAACUGAAGGGGGUUUGGGUUAGUUGUGGUAUCUUGUGUGUGUCUGAACACUCUUUUUAAUGGUGUCAUAGUUUAGCAAGGAGCAGCUUUUGCUUGGUAACGGGGGAGCAGGUUGCAGUGAAGACCCAGUAAAAAAGUUCUUGGCCUCUAUGGAUACAUGAACUGACCUGCACCACAUAGUACCAGGUGAAGUUGAAAGCAUCCAUAAUCUUAUUAUCAUAAUGAGAGCACCAAAAUGAUGUUCCUGUAUUUACAUGCUGACCAGUUACAAUGACACUAGUGAAGAAUUAAAGGUUGGAGGCAAUGGGGAGAGGUCUGAGGGUGUCUCAAACCAUCAUUUGGAAAGCUUGGUUCAUUUCUUAUAGUGACACUGAAUCAACAUGAAACCAGACAAAUGCUGCCACUCUUAACCUAAAAAAUAAUGAGGUCAGCAGCCUAGAGAUCUACUGAGAAGCUGGACUGGAUCCUGUGCUUGCUUUAUAAAGCUGAUCAACAGAGCAAUAAAGUCAUUUUUAAUGAAUAA